CCCUAGGUAGACUCGGCCUGAAACCCCCGAGAGAAACCCAAGAAACCCGCCAAGGCUCCCACAACCACCCGCGCGACGCGCAGUCAACGCUCGUGCCGGCUCGCAGUCGUCUUGUGUGUUUAUAUCUAAACGUCUGAAUUAAAACCAAACUCCGCCAACAUGUCGAUCAUGUCCUACAACGGCGGCGCGGUGGUGGCCAUGGCUGGCAAGGACUGCGUGGCCAUCGCGUGCGACCUGCGCUUCGGCGUGCAGGCCCAGAUGGUGUCGAACACCUUCGAGAAAGUGUUCCCCAUGAACGAGCGCCUCUACAUCGGCCUGGCCGGGCUCGCCACCGACGUACAGACCGUGUCUGAACGGUUGCGUUUCCGUGUGAACCUGUACGAGCUGCGGGAAUGCCGCCCCAUCAAACCCAAGACCUUCAUGAGCAUGGUGUCGAACCUCCUGUACGAGCGCAGGUUCGGACCAUACUUUGUGGACCCGGUGAUCGCGGGUCUCGACCCCGUCACACUGGCACCGUUCAUCUGCUCGCUCGACCUUAUCGGCUGCCCCAUGGUGACGGAAGACUUCGUGGUGAGCGGCACGUGCUCCGAGCAGCUCUACGGCAUGUGCGAGUCGCUGUGGGAGCCCAACAUGGAGGCGGACGACCUGUUUGAGACGAUCUCGCAGGCCAUGCUCAACGCGGCCGACAGGGACGCACUCUCCGGAUCUGGCAUCCUUGUGCACAUCAUAGAGAAGGACAAGGUGACAACUCGCAAGCUGAGGACCCGUCUGGACUAACUGACCAACCCCGCUGCCAGGGUGACGGGAUCUCGCCGCAGCGUCAGCGAGACUCUCACGGAUGCGUUUCCAUUUUUAUUCACAAAUCUGCGGCAAAAAGAAAAGACGGAGGCGUUGAAUAAAGCCAAUUGUGUUACAAACAGUC